AUGGCGGAGGUGGCGGCGCAGCGCGCCGUCGCCGCCGGCGUCCCAGCGGGGGGCGGCGAGGAGGCGGACCUGGCGGCAUCGGCGGCAAUGCGGGGGCGCGGGGAGGUGGACACGUCGUCGCCGUUCCAGUCCGUGCGCCAGGCCGUCGACCUGUUCGGCGGCGGGGCCGCCGCCGUCGCCCAGUGGCGGCACCCGCAGGCGCCGCCGCCCGUCCAGCUCCGCCCGGAGGAAGAAGAACUUAUGAAAGUUGAGGAACAAACAGUGAAGCUGGAGAUGGAACUUUUUGUUAAGGAAAAGGAAACAUUUAAGGUCUUGAAAGAAUUGCAGGAAACAAAGCAGGUUAUUGAUGGCUUGAACGUACAAAUAGAGAAGGUAGUAACUGAGACCAAAAAUGCUUCGAAAGGUCAUGCUGAUAUGGGGAAGGUACAUCCACUUCCUGCUAUCGAGCAAAAAUCCAGUAGCCACACCGAGCCACCAAUCCAGAGUGCAAAAGGUAAACAGUCCCCACUAACCACAUUGAUCAAGCUGAAUCAGGCAAAAGCAUUCCUUAACACGGAUACUGUCAACAUAUUAAAGAGCGAAAUAGAGAAGGAGAAAGCAUCACUUGAGAAAACCCGUGAAAGGUUACAGUUGAACCUAGGGAAGGCUUCAUCAUUAGAAGCAGAUUUGACCAAAAUGGUUACACAGCUGCAAGCAGCAAAAGCUCCACAGCCUGUCCUUGAGCCUUCUGAAAUCUGGUUGCAGAUGAAGCACUUGAAUUCUGAGAAAGCGAAGCAUAGGAAGGUGUCAGAGGAUUUGAAGAACGAGAUUUAUGAAUUAACAGCUGCAAUCGAGCACACAAGGUCUAAGACAAAGACCCUGCAGUUCAGGAUCGUCAUGGCCGAGAAAUUGAAGGAAGCUUCGCAACGUGGAGAAGCUAUUGCUCUUGCAGAGAUGAAAAACCUGAGCAACGGGCAGGACCCGAACGCUACUACUUCCGAUGUCACGCUCUCCGCUGAGGAGCACUCAAUGUUUGUGCUCAAAGCACAAGAAGCGGACGGCGCGGCUAGGAAGAGAAUCGACGCAGCUAUGCAAGAGCUAGAUCAGGCAAACCAGUGUAAGCUGGAACUCUUGGAAAGAGUCGAGGAAGCAAGGUCAGCUGUUGAGACGAGCCGGAAGGCUCUGGAGGAGGCCCAGAAGAGGGAAGAAUCUGCAAACAAGGCAAAGGUAGCAGCUGAAGAGACGCUCCGGAAACUGCGGUCGGAUCAAAUAAUCCAGAACUGGCGCCCGAUCAACAACAACUCCACAAAAUUCAAGAACACGGCGGUGACGCCCCGGCGCGCGGGCUCCGGGAUAUACGACGUGAACGGCCUGAGCCUGGUGACCGCCGGACCGAAGAGCAUGAGGACGGUGUCCAUCGGAGAGAUCCUGAGCAUGAAGCUGGACCGCGAGCUUGAGGCCGCGAAGGCCACGAACGCGAGGAAGAAGGUCUCGCUGGGGCAGAUCCUGAGCCAGAAGUACGAGGUGUUCUCCCCGCUGAGGAUCGACCACGACGGCGCGUCCCGCAAGCAGUUCCAGCCCAGGCGGAAGAGGAUGGGCUUCGUCGUGUACGCGCUGCUCCUCGCGAAGAAGAGGCACAGGAAGAGGCAGGCUGCCGCCUGCACUCAUGGCGGCUUCAGCUAGUUUUGUUCGUCAGUACUCAGUAGCACCCUAGUAGUUUACAUACUUUUAAGAGCUCGGAAUAAUUGUCGCCUGUGUAAUUAGCUAGAUGUAUGAACAAAGUUGGUAUUUUUAGCAGCUGCGCCCUGUUCCGGCCGCAACUCCAGUGUAAAAUGUUUCAUAGUGUUAUAGGAGAGUACAAGUACAUUGCAUACCUGUGGUGUGUUUUAGAACUGCGAGCAGAUUUGCCGCCAUGUCGGCUCAAUCCCAACUAAAGAUGGUAACGGAUAAAA